CCAUGAUGGAGGCCGAGCUUUGCUACUAGGUAUCCUCCCUUCCCGAUCUGUGAUCCCCUACCACAUACCCUUGACCAUGCACAAGCUUCCCUGCUCUUCUACGGGGUGCCUCCAUGGAGCGAGCAAGAUAUAUCAUUCUCGUCACCAUCAUGUUAUGUUUUUUUUUUUCUAGCCCGUCUCUUUUACUUCCGAUCCUGAUAUGUCGAUAAAAACCCAAAAACCCCCCUGUUUGCUGUCUAUGUUUUGAUAGCCACUACUCGACUCACCUUUGUCCACAUUGUCCCUCCAUCACAUUCACCCCAGUAGAUUGGGAAGACCGACCGCUUCCGAUCUGCUCAUCCUUAACCUUCUCUGUCACCACCUCGCCAGCCUCGCUCAGUUGAAUGUGCUCAUCUUCAUUCCAUCUCAAAAACUAGACCCAAGUUUCUGCACUCUGACGUCGUUCGUCAUAACGACCGAAAACUAGACGGAUUUGGGCCAGAUGAAGUCCGUUACUACAAGGCCGCUGCUUGCAGCGCUAACUGGCGCCGCGGUUUUCGGACUGCUCGUUCCGACUGUCCUUGCGCACGGCGGCGAUGAGGGCGGCCAUAGCGGUCACGGGGGCAUGGAAAUGACUGAUGCCGACAAGCCCCGGCCCGAAGAAGAGUACCCUCUCACGUACUUUGCGCAUCCCGAUCACAAGACCGCCAUCUACGCACAUAUCGCCCUGAUGGUUCUUGCCUGGGUGUUCAUGCUCCCAGUUGGUGUCAUGCUCUCUAUUGCCCGUUCACGGUAUAGGCUUUUGGCGCAAUUCGCUUUUCUCGUGACCAAUGCGGGCGGCAUGCUCAUUGGUAUCGUCUACAAUGCCAGCACACCGGAUCUGUAUCCUAACAAUGCCCACCACAAGCUCGGGUGGGUCGUCACCUGGCUCGUAGGGGCCCAGUUCGCCAUUGGCCUUUUGGCGAGUGUUGCAGGUGUCUUCAAGAAGCAGCAAUCCGACGGCAACAGCAGGGAGCGCCAGGGCUUCAUGCCCGUCUCGACCCAGGCCAUGGAAGAGCACAACAGCCACAUCAAGCCCGCCCAUAACGACGCUUACCGAUUCUCCAACGACAGCGGCCAGGGAACCGAGCUUUCCAGCGAUGCCCCGCGGAGCCCCUCCCUUUCGUCUAGCUCCGGUGCCGUUUCUCGACAGCCCCUCGCACUCCAAGAUGUCAACCUGCAUACCAAGGAAUAUGAUGACGGCGAGGACUCGUACGAUGUCAACUCCCACAGCGGCAGCGAGCCUCUUGGACCCAUCCUUCCUGCUUCCGGCAAGGCCGUCUCUAUCAUCAACAAGAUUGCCGAUAAGAUUUCUGGGAAAUUCUGGAAGGUUUUGAUCCUAGCGUACAAUGUGGUUGACCGGGCUAUUUUGCCCCUGGGUUUCGUUGCAUUGUGCACUGGUAUCGUGACUUAUGGCCGUUUCUUUGAGGGCUCCGGUAUCUUCUCUGGUCUCGCUCACUGGAUUAAGGGCGGCAUCUUCUUCUGGCUGGGUAUUUUCACCCUUGGCCGUUGGGCCGGCUGCUUCGGUGAAGUUGGUUGGGCUUGGAACGUGCGCCCCAAGCAGGCAGGCCAGAAAUGGCGACCCUCUGCCGAGUUUGUCGAAAGUGCCUUGAUCUUCACCUACGGCGCCACCAACGUCUUCUUGGAGCAUCUCGGCAACUGGGGCGGCGCAUGGUCGGCUCAGGAUCUGGAGCACUUCUCCAUCACCAUUCUCUUCAUUGGAGGUGGCCUGUGCGGCAUGCUCAUCGAAUCUGUUCGCAUCCGCGACCUACUCAACACCACCGUCACCGAGGAAUCCCGCCAGCAGCAUCACUUCCAUGACGCGGAAGUCGAAGACUCCGAAAGACGCGAGCCCGAAACCUACUCCUUUAGCAUGAACCCCAUCCCUGCCCUAGUCAUCCUCCUCCUCGGCAUCAUGAUGUCCUCGCACACCCAGGACAGCAUGAUCUCCAGCAUGGUGCACAAGCAGUGGGGUAACCUGCUCACCGGCGCCUCCUUCGCGCGCGGUUUUACUUAUGUAAUCACCUACCUGAAGCCGCCCCGGUCCGUGUACCCUUCGCGCCCGCCGACGGAGCUCCUUACGGCCUUUGGGUUGAUCAGCGGCGGCAUCAUCUUUAUGGCUAGCGCGGGCGACACCGUCAGCGGCAUGAUCCAUUACCAGCUUGAUGCCAUGUUUACGUACACCGUCACUAUGGGCUUGGUUGGGCUGCUGAUGGCCUGGGUCAUUCUGUGUAUUGCGCUCAAGGGAUGGGCGGUUCGCAAAGAGGCGGGGCGGUAUCGUAAUUGAAAGGGCGUUGAUCAAGCUCGUUUCACGCGACCCAGAUUCUUUUUUUCCGAGAACACCGCUCGCGCACCCUACUUCAAUGCGGUGCGAUAUACAACCUUGCAAGUAGGGUGAGUCCACCGGACCAUGGGGACUUUUUUGGUUCUUCCCGUCUAAGUGCCCUACAUGGCUUGGUUUUGCCAGACGCGGCGCGUUUGCUCCUUGACGAGUUUAUUUCGAGGAAUGCAGCGCCGAGUGGAUUGGUUAACGAGGGCGUUGACCAGAACAAGACAGUUGUGGAGAUUGAUGAGGAUGGUGCAUGAUACCCAGGUGGUGUUUUGAAUUUUAUAUACCAACGGGGUCGCAUCAGAUCGGUGUUUUUGUUUUUGUUUUUUUCUUCUGCAUUUCCAAAGAGAGAUACCCACCCCCCCCUUCAUACCCAUUUUCCUUCUUUUUGUGCGACAUACACAUACACAUUCGCAGCAACACACACAUACGAUCAUUUACGACACUCGCUCAAGGGAGGAUUUUACAUUGCAACUACAACACGGCGAGACAACAUCAACGAUAGAUGAGGGCCCAGAAUCGGAAUUGGCAUGGAUGGGGAUGGACUGAGAGACGACAUUAUGGUAAUGCGAUUAAUGACAAGGGAAACAAGGCAAAAAUAAUUGGGAUGAAGCCCUCAGCAAUGGACGGAUGGAUUGGAUGUAGAGUGGUAAUAUCCAUACGAUGCUGGGAAGGGCAGUCCGAGAGAUGGAAGGAAAAGUACAUGGUGCAAGUAGACGUAAAGAUAAAGCAUGAAAUGAUAAUAUGUUGUAUAUGUACUUCAAUUCCCAGGUCAUCA